AUGCGGGCCCCAGGGUCUGGUGGGGGCGCGAUCCGAGCCGUGGCCGCCACAGCGGGGUCCCGGGGCUCUCCGGGGCGCGGGCAGGCGAAAGAAGCGACGAGGCCAGGAGUCGUGCGCGCGGGCGGCGAGGGGGCGCUGUGGCCCGCGCCUGCCGGCCUAGGCCCGGCCACCGACGGGCGGAGACGCCCCUGCGCCUGGCGCGACCCGCCUCCUCCCGCAUUGGCUCACGGCUGGGAAGAGGCAUCGCGACCCGGGCGUUUCAAUAAAAGUGCAGCCGCGCCGGCCGUCUCUGCCGCUGUCCUAACCGCUCCGGCCCCCGGUGGAGUUCCGUGGGAACGCAGCGACUGUCCGGGGCGUAACUGGGCCGCCGAGAUGAACGCGCGCCAUCUCCCGGGUCCCGCCCUGCGCGAGAUGCACGCGUUUCCAGCGCACCCGGCCACGCGGCUGCUGUGUUCGCCGUGCCCGACGCCCCCGGCCGCGGACACCCCGGCGCGCCCGCCCUUCCGCGACCACCGGAACGCGUCCUUACGAACUGUGCCCAAGUUUCCUAAAGUGAAACGCAGACCGCUCGCACUCCGGACGCGCGCGAGUGCUUCUAGACUCCCGGCCGGCUGCAGGAGCCACAAAGUCUCCCUGAAAACCACGCGCGGCGGAGACCCCGCAGGGUCCCGCUCGAGGCUUCCGGGGGGCCUGGGCGACCCCCGGGCAGGGCAGGAGGGCGGCACCAGGGGCCUAAGGUUCCCCCGGGCAGGGCAGGAGGGCGGCACCGGGGACCUGGCGUCCAGGACCCCGGCCUCCCGCUGCGCUCGCGCGAACCCCAACCCUUGCUCCCCGCCGCCCCCGACCCCGUCCCGGACCCCGGAUCCCGGAUCCCGGCUGCGGUUCCCUCCCGCCGCGCUGGGCCGUCGCCGGCCGGGGCGCCUGGCGGGGAACGCGGCGCGGAGACGGACCCAGGCCGUACGGGAUCGCAGUGAGAGGACGCCCGCGGCGGGAGCGGCUGCCCGUGGAAACCCACGCGCGUGGCCCGCCCUUCGGCUCACCGGGGCGCGCGCGAAGACCGAGGCUCCGUACGGCCCGGAGAGGCCGCGGCUCGCGGCGGUGGCGUGGCGUUCCAGCUUCGCUUUUCAGCGCGUCCGGGCGAAGAGGCGGCCGGGAGAGGUGCGCCCCGACCCCCGCACCUCCAGGCCGCUGCGCGUCCUCCUUGGGAGCGGCGCAGCGCAGGCCGCCGCCCCGGCAGGUCUCUUCCAGGCCCAGGGAAGCUUCAGGGUCUGCGGUGCCGGGGAUGCGAGCCCCGACCCCGACACCACCUGCCCCCCGACCCCAACCCCCGACCCCACCUGCCCCCAACCACGACCCCUGACACCACCUGCCCCCGACCCCCAACACCACCUGCCCCCCAACCAUGACCCGCGACACCACCUGCCCCCUGACCCCGACCCCCGACACCACCUGCCCCCAACCCUGACCCCGGACACCACCGCCCCCAACCCUGACCCCCGACACCACCUGCCCCCCGACCCCCGACACCACCUGCCCCCCGACCCCGACCCCCGACACCACCUGCCCCCGACCCCCAACACCACCUGCCCCCCAACCAUGACCCGCGACACCACCUGCCCCCCGACCCCGACCCCGACACCACCUGCCCCCCUGACCACGACCCCCGACACCACCUGCCCCUGA